CAAGGUGGUUACCCACAAACUGGCUACCCAAAUCAACAACAAAAUACCCCACCUCCACCAACUAAUAAUACUUCACCUCCACCAACCAAUAAUCAACAACAACAACAACAAUAUUAUAAUCCAUAUAAUACAGGUGGUUACCCACAACAAGGUGGCUACCCAAAUCAACAACAAAGUACCAAUGCUCCACCACCAACCAAUAUUAAUACUGCAGCCCCACCACCAACUAAUCCACCACCAACCAAUAUUAAUACUGCAACCCCACCACCAACCAAUAUUAAUACUACAGCUCCACCAACCAAUGCAACACCAACCAAUGCUCCACCAACCAAUACCACAGCUCCACCAAUGACUAAUAAUUAUCCAUCACAACCACCAACAGGUAGCCAAUCAGUUUCACCAUCAAAACAACCACAAUUAAAUAAUUAUUAUCAGAAUACACCACCAAUGACAAAUACUGGCUAUCCACAACAACCACAACAACCACAACAAUCACAACCACCACAACAAUCGCAACAAUCACAACCACAACCAUAUUCAAUUAACAUGUCCAAAGUUCCAAGCCCAACAGCAAUUUUAGAGCAAUUUAAUUCAUAUGUUUAUAAAACCAAUUCUGAAACCUCCCUUGCACCACCACCAUCAACAGUACAACAACUUAUUAUUGAUCAACAAAAUGCAUCACCAAACUUUAUUCGUUCAACACUUUAUUCCAUUCCAGAGACUGAAGAUUCAUUAAAUCUUAUUCAUAUACCAUUCGCUAUUCACAUCCAACCAUUAGCAUUCAACGGUGUAUCUGGUGAAAUCCCAACUGUUAGACACCCAGGUGGUCCAAUUCAAUGUCAACGUUGUCAUGGUUACAUGAAUCCAUUCAAUCCAUUCAACAACGGUGGUAAAUAUUUCACAUGUCGUCUUUGCGAAUUUGAAAACUCAGUUCCACAAGAAUAUUUUAGUGCAACUCUUCCAAAUGGUUUACGUACCGAUUUCGAAAUGAGACCAGAAUUACAAAGAGGCUCCGUAGAUUUCAUUAAACUCGAAGCCAAUCCAGCUGGAGUACCAGGCUAUAUUUUUGUUAUCGAAGUUUCACAAUUCACUCUCAACAAUGGUAUCGUUCAAAAUAUUAUUGACAGCAUCAAAAAGAUUUUAAAUGAGCAAUAUGAUAAUGUACCACAACGUAUUGGUAUUAUUACUUAUGAUACUGAAGUACACUUCUGGUCAUUUAAACCAACCUAUACUUAUCCACAAAUGAAGGUAUUAACCCACGAAAAUGUAUUUGUUCCAAUCGACGAAAAAGAUAGCGGCUUCCUCGUUGAUUACCGUCAAUCAAAACAUUUAAUGGACUUCUUCUUUGCAAACUACAAAACCUUCUUUAAACGUCCAGCUGCCAUGCAAGCCCCAUUCGCAUUUGGUGCCGCCGUUCAAGCUGCCUCAAUGGCAUUAGAAAAAACCGGUGGUAGAGUUUUCACAUUUAAUACUGUACUUCCAAAAGGUCAACCUGGUGCAAUUCCAAAACGUACUGAACGUUCAGUUCAACCAUCACCAAGCAGCUCUUUCUAUAAAAUGGUUGCUCAAGAUUGUGUUGCUAAAAAUGUUUCAAUUGACCUCUUUGUUAUUCCAAUGGAAAUCUGUGAUGUUCCAUCAUAUGCUCAAUUAGCCACCACUACCGGUGGCCACAUUAAUCUCUAUCAAUUUUAUUCUGCCGAUCACCACUCUGAACAACUUUCAAGUGAUAUUGUUCAUUACGUUACAAUGGAAUAUGGUUUUAAUGCCACCUCAAAGAUUAGAUGCUCAAGAGGUUUAACUAUUAAUGGUUAUUUUGGUAACCUUACUGAAACUACUGCAGGCUUAGUUCAAAUGGCAGGUGUUACCAGUGACAAGAGUAUUACAGCUGUUAUUAAAUAUGAUGAUAAAUUAAAACCAAAAUCAAAAGCAUACAUUCAAUUCGCUAUGAUUUAUACAAAUAUUAGAGGUGAAACCAAGAUUAGAGUACACAAUUUAAGAUUAUCAGUCGAUUCAGUUUUAGCAAACUUUUUCAGAGACUCUGAUUUGGAUUCAAUCACAACCUAUUUAGCAAGAGUUGCUAGUAAAGAAAUUGUUAACUCUACCACCUCCACCAUGGUUCGUUCUAAUACUGUCGAUAAAGGUGUCGAACUUUUAGCAUCCUACAGAAAGAAUUGUGCCUCUGAUAAGAAAGCCACCCAAUUAAUCUUACCAGAGGGUAUUAAAUUAAUGCCAAUCUAUAUUUUAGCAAUGAUGAAAACCCCAUGUUUCCGUUUAUCAAAUGAAAUCUCUCAAGAUCUUCGUUACUUUUAUAUAAAUCUUUAUGCCUCAUCAUCGCCAUCAAGAAUUAUACCUCUUAUUUAUCCACGUACCUAUCCAAUUCACAAUCUUUUACCAGGUGAUGGUCUUCGUCACCCAACUCAAGAUCACAUUGUAUUACCACAUUUUGUACGUUUAUCUGCUGAUCAAAUCUCUCAAAAUGGUAUUUAUAUCGUCGAAGAUGGUCGUCAAAUUAUUGUUUGGGUUCAACAAUUUGCCGCUACAAAUUAUCUUAGAGAUCUUUUUGGAAUCGAAUCUACCUUUGGUUAUACCAAUAGUAAACUCUCUCAACUUUACCAAGGUCUUAAUGGUCAAAAUGAAUAUCAUCAAAGAGUUGAAGCCAUCAUUCAUUCGAUUACCCAACUCCGUGGCUAUAGAGAAAGACCUGUUAUUUUUGUUGUUCAAGGCGAUCCAAUUGAUGCCCAUCUUCGUUUACAAUUCCACGAAGAUAAAGGUGUUGACUCUGUAUCUUAUAUUGAUUUCUUGUGCCAAAUCCACAAACAAAUC